CACCGCGCACUGACGAUGGAUAUGUUACACUCGUCGUCCGCAAAGCUCGAGCCGUUCUUGCUAAUGUCCAAGUCAGCAAAAGGUGCUGCAGCGGCGAAGCUCAUUGAGACCGUCACCGCUGCUCCUGGAGUGUUCGUGUUCGCAGAGCUGCUGGAUACCCCCAGCAUCAGUGAGCUCAAGACCAGUGAGCAAUUCGCAUCGUCUUAUCAUCUGUUGGAACUGUUUGCGUAUCAUACGUAUGGCGACUACAAAGCAAAACCGAUGGACUAUCCACCCCUCUCUCCUGCCCAGCUAACGAAGAUCAAACACCUUUCCCUGGUCUCUCUCGCAGCCACCUCUCGCAUUCUCCCCUACGCCCAACUUUUGCAGUAUCUCGACCUCUCCUCUAUCCGCGAACUCGAAGAUCUCGUGAUCGACGCAAUCUACGCGAACGUAGUGCGCGGCAAGCUGGACCAGAAGGAACAGCGCUUCGAGGUGGAGUACACGAUGGGUCGGGACGUGCCUCCUGAGCAGAUGGGAAAGCUCCUCGAGUCGCUUCAACUCUGGUCACAACGCACUACCCAGGUGCUCUCCGCGCUCGACAAUCGCAUCACCUCCAUCCAGUCCUCUGCAGCUGUUGCGCAACGCAAGAUAGCGGACCACGAGGCAGCAAGGGACAAACUCAUGAAUGAGCUCGCGGCCAACAAGGGCGGGAGGGCAGCAAUGGAACGCAGGAAACAGUUACAGGACUCGGACAUGGAUAUAGACCUGUCGACGAUGGGUACGAUGGUCUCGAUGGCUUGGGAACAGGGCAGCCCGGAGAAGGGAAGGAAGAAGUUACCCGCCUCCGGAUCGUCGUCUGCCAGGAAGCGUGGUCGGGAUGUGCGCUAGAUGUUGACUGUUAGCCCUGACUGUAGCAUACUUUCUCCUCUCUCCAUGUUCAUUCUGCGCAAUAUCAUCCUGCUUGAAGAGC